GUGGGCGUUUGUAACUUGGGACGGCCAGAACCCGGUACCCUAAGAGACACGGGACCUUUGCCGGCGCUCUCCUUGCAGCCUGACCGACCUGCCUGCUGCGGGACGCUUGCUUGGGACCUGCCGUCAGCGCCAGGUGAAUAUCUCAGAAAAUAUGGCCCAUGUGAGGGACUAUAAGUGGACCCAGUUCCUUCCCUUUCUAGUGGUGUCCCUGAUGUACCCAGCCAGCGCUGAGUAUUCAAACUGUGGAGAGAAUGAGUAUUAUAACCAGACCACAGGGAUGUGCCAUGACUGUCCCCAGUGUGAGCCUGGAGAAGAGCCAUAUAUGACCUGUGGCUAUGGCACCAAAGAUGAUGACUAUGGCUGUGUCCCCUGCCCCUCAGAAAAGUUCUCUAAAGGAGGCUACCAGAUAUGCAGGCGUCACAGGGACUGUGAAGGCUUCUUUCGAGCCACUGUCUUGACUCCGGGUGACAUGGAGAAUGAUGCAGAAUGUGGGCCGUGUCUCCCUGGUUACUACAUGCUGGAAAACAGACCGAGGAAUAUCUAUGGGAUGGUUUGCUACUCCUGCUUACUUGCACCCCCUAACACUAAAGAAUGUGUGGGAGCCACCUCUGGAGUUUCUGCCAGUCUUCCAGGUACCUCUGGCACCAGCACCAGCUCUCCUUUCCAGCAUGCCCAUAAAGAUCUCUCAGGACAAGGGCACCUGGCCACUGCCCUGAUCAUCGCUAUGUCCACCAUCUUCAUCAUGGCUAUUGCUAUCGUCCUCAUCAUCAUGUUUUACAUCAUGAAGACAAAGCCUUCUGCCCAAGCCUGCUGCACCAGCCACUCUGUGAAAACAGUGGAAGCCCAAGUCAGCAAACAAGAAGAGAAGAAAGAAGUUCAAGAAAAUGUUGUGAUUUUUGCUGAGAAGGAUGAGUUUGAGAAGCUGACAGCGACACCAGCAAAGACUGCCAAAAGUGAGAAUGAUGCUUCUUCUGAGAACGAACAGCUCCUGAGUCGGAGUAUGGACAGUGAUGAAGAAGCCGCAAUUGACAAGCAGGGGUCCCCAGAGCUGUGCCUAUUAUCGUUAGUCCAUUUGACAAGGGAUAAAUCUUCCACAAACAACAAAUCAACUGGGAUUCAGAGUAGAAGAAAGAAGAUCCUUGAUGUGUAUGCCAAUGUAUGUGGAGUGGCAGAAGGUCUCAGCCCCACAGAGUUACCAUUUGACUGCCUAGAGAAGACAAGCAGGAUGCUCAGCUCCACCUACAACACAGAGAAGGCCAUCGUGAAAACAUGGCGCCACCUUGCUGAAAGCUUUGGGUUGAAGAGGGACGAGAUAGGGGGGAUGACAGAUGGCAUGCAGCUCUUUGACCGGAUCAGCACAGCAGGCUACAGCAUCCCAGAGCUGCUCACAAAACUUGUACAGAUCGAGCGGCUGGAUGCUGUUGAGUCUCUGUGUGCUGACAUCUUAGAGUGGGCACAGGUCAUGCCACCUGCACCUCAGCCUCCUGUCACAACCUGA